AUAAUCUGUAGUGGAGAAGAACGAUAAGAAUACAUUAUUUAAUUAUAAGAUGCUAAAUUCGAUUAUAUGCUUUAAAAAAUAGUACAUGAAGAUUUUGUGCCAAAAAAACACUUUGACCCAAAAUAUAUUGCGAGAGUCUUGUGACUUUGACAUAUAGCAUUAUAUGCAUGUAAAAACGCCACAGAAUGGAGACUUGGAAAGCAAUACGAAACGAUUACAAUAACGAAAAAUGGAAUAAACGUAGAAAAGACAACAUAUCAACACAUUGAUAGAGAUUGUAAUUUAAAAAAGCAAUGAGACAGUUAAUGCUAGCCAAGGUCACCGCUGUAGUCUACAGAGAGAUAACGUACAUUGAAGAACUGGCGGUUCACCAAAUGUUCUCCCGUCACGUUUUCUUUGUUCUAUAAACAGGUCGUCGAUCUAUGGGCUCCCAAGCGGUUUUCAACCUUAUCGGUUUCAUAAAUAAUGGCUUCUAUGAAAGCCUCCGAAAACCAAGCCACAGUGUUGGCCACACUCCCCAGUACCUUGCUCUUCGACACGUUCAAGGGUUCCCGAGAUGAUGAGAAAGAUUCAGAUGAAGAAAGCUUUCACCUUCCUUUGUUAGACUGUGAUGAAGAUUUACAAUUAGAUAAAAGCAACUCGCAACACGCAGAAUCUGAAGAUGAUAUACUGAAUAAAUUCGAAGCUGGUACUUCUAAAGCACGGGCAGCUGAUUCAAACCUCGAAUCGAUAGAAGAAACAGCAGAGCAUCAGGAUAGUACAAAUGGAUGUGUAGAUAUGAGAAUGACAGACGAAGCUGUCGCUAAUGGUGAACGAGAAAAUGUAAGUGAGAAUGGUUUACAUAGUAUGGAAGACUCGAAUGAGAAUCAAGAUAAUGUAACAAAUACAGAAGGUGAAACACCGGUGGAACAAAGUGAAGACUUAAAUAAUGAAGCAUUGACGGAAAAUUCUGGUUUACCGAGUGAUGCCUUGUCAGAGAACUGUGACCAACUGAACCACGAUACCUGUGAAUUACCCACUGAAGAUAAUGAGCAGCCAGUUGUUAAUAAAACGGCUGAAGGUGACGUCUCACUAAACACUGAAAUACUCAGUAAAGACAGCGAGCACCUCGAUGGUGAACUGGCUACCACAAAAGGAAAUAUGAAAACUGGGGGCGAAAUUGAAAAUCAAGAUGGUGAUGAAAUCAGUAAUGUACCUAACGAACUGAGUGACACUACUGAUAAUCAGCCAGCAGAUAAGCAAAAUUUUAACGAAUGCAGUGAAAUAAAUAAUGAAAGUGAAACCGGAGACACAACGGAUAAGCUCGAGGAAGAAGAGCAACUGGAGAGCUUGCUCAGUCAAGGUGAGCUGCGAUGCCAGACGCAGGUAAACGAAAUCUCAAAUUUAGAUGAUGAAGAAGCAUCUCUAAAAGACCUUGUAGACACUAUUAAUAAGAAAAUGGAUGAGGAUGAUGACCUUUUGAUUAAAAAUGACAUUACGGACGGUAUAGGUGCGAAAAAGGUCUCUGAAGAGCAACAUGGGAAACUUGAUGCAUCUGAAGCGUCUGAUGAUCAUGUUGAAGGUGUUGAUGAAUUGAAUGAAGCUUCUGAAGGAUUGGAUGGCGUUUUAGAGAGAACGGAAAAUGGUGGUAAUUUGAGUAAUGAAUCGGACGCCAUGGUAACUGAAGCUGGCAAGGAAAUCGUAGAGGAGGAGUCCAAACAAAAGGCAGUCGUCGAUAAGGUUCACUUAAUGGAGGUAGAUGAUACAGAAGAAGCGAUUGAUGAUGCUGCUGAAAUGGAGCAAGAGAGUGAAAGCAGUGGAGCAUUAGGUGAGAUUAAAAGGGUAAAAUAUUCCGAAGAGGUUUCUCAUAAUGAUUUAUCUGACGGCAUUUCUGUCGAGGUUGCAGUUGAAAGUGUACAAGAAGCAGAUAGCUGUGUGACUGGAAAUGACUUGGUAAAUGAGGCAGAAGGUGAUCAUCAGACAGAAGUACCUGAAGCUCAUCUUGAGAAGGAUCCAUUGCACGAGCGUGAUGUAGUCAGAGAUGCCGAAGGUACUACUCAUACUGAAUCAACCGAUAGGAAAGCUUCUGAAAAUUCUCAAAAAAUAACAAAUAGUAUGCAAGGUGAUUCUGAAACGGGUCUUCAGCCAGAAUUAUCUCACGAUACGGUAUCAAAGAAAACUACCGAAAAUGAGCAAGGUACGGAUAUAUCUAAAGCUUUAGAUGAAGAAAAUAAUAGUACUGAUGUUGAUAAGACUGAAGAUUCCUGUAAGGAAUCUAAAGAAGCUAGUAAAAUUACUAGAAUUAGUGAUAACAAUGAAGCAAUUGAGACACCAAGCGCCAAGGACGAACCUUCACAGAAAGAGUGUGAUGCUGCUCCAGAAGAUGAAAAGAGUGAAGCAGAAACAAAGGAGGAUAGUUCAAGUGACAACUUGUUGGACAUCUCGGUCAUCCGUGACGUAGAUGAAGACAAUGCGACUGCGAUUGCAGAACAAGCUGCUGAUGCGCAGUCCAGUGAGAAGUCGGACAACGACGAGCUGGACCAAGAGGACGACAAGACCGAUGAAGUGGAGGAUAGUGAACUGGAUCAAGAUGCUGAUAAGGAUGAGCCCAUGGACUUUGAGGAGGAGUAUGAGGAGGAUGCCACGAACGUGUGCGAUUCGGUGAUGGAGGACACUUGCGAUAGCGACGCACUCAAGAUCGACGCUGCAGAGGAGUCGCUUGACAAUAAGGAGAGGACAGAGACACCAUUGAGUGAGGAGGAUAUUCCUUUGAGCCAAAGGUUAUCUGUCAAUCAUACAGAGGGAGAAGAAAAACAGACUGUAAGCGACCUAGAGGCAGAUGUGGAUACCACACUCACUCCAGAAACUGAAAAAGUUGGUGUUGAUCCUGAGCCAUCGGUAGUUAGCCCUUCAAUCCCUGUUUUUGAUGUUGCAGCGGCAGUUACUGAAGCAAAAAAAGAUGACACCAGUUUGCAGAAAAAAAGGUCUUUGUCACCAGUACCGGAAAAUGAAACUCCUGUUAAAAGGAUAUGUAUGUCGGAAGAUGAUUUAUCAAAGAAGCAGACAGAAAUUACAAUUGAGGGAUCCAAAGAAGUUCGAUCUUCUGAAACGAAAAUUAGUGCUUUACUAUCAUUUCAAAAGUUUAUGCAGAGUAAAAAAUUACAAGAUAAAUUAACUCGAUCUGACUUGGAACAGCUUUGUAUACAGAAGAUAUGUGAGGCAAUCAUACACAAGACUGAAGUAGGAGAACUGCACCAAACAGUCAAAAAACAAGAACAUUUGAUAGAAACUCUACGGAAAGAUAUGCAGGCACUCACCAAACAGGCUCGAGACUUGGAUAUAGUAAAUAAAAAACUGAUGAAUGAGUUAAAGAUACAAAAUAACGGCAAAAAACCAAUAGUCCCACUAAAAAUUACAAGAUCCGUGGGAUUGCAAGUAAAAUUGAGUAAUGGUGUGGAACCUACUAGAAGGAAAUCCACCUCAACAGUUGCUACUAGUUCCACUCCACCAAAGACAGCCCCCUCGCAUGUAGUCAAUCGAGCAAGGACUGUCCAGUCAAAUCCACCAGGAAGCAGUGUUAUCAGAACAAUUCUUCCUGCUUCCAGUCCCGUUCGUAGUGCGGGUUCGCCAGUAGCAACCCCCAUAUUGAGCAAAGCAUUGACUAAUAGUCAAACGGCUUCGCAACGAUCGCCACUUGCAACACAUAGUAAUCCAGCUACACCUAUGAAAGCAAAAGCAGUACGAAAAUCUCCUGGUAUGUCGGAUUCUCCCAAAGUGCUAAAUAGCAAUUCACCUAUGAAACAGCCUCCCAACAAGGCUAGUCCCAUGAAACCGUCCCAACCGGGCGUAAUCGACCUAACGGACGAGGACGAACGAAUGACGGCCCCAAGAACGGGCAGUACCGUGAAAACAGUGCGGACCAUUCCAGUCGUAUCGCAACAAGCAAAGCUAAAUGGUGCUCAAGCCAAGGGAGCGGUACAGAAGAGCGUGGUGAAAGUGGGGAAUUCUGGCUCGUCGCCUGCGAGAACGGUGACGGGGUUGCCCCAGAACGUCAGAUUAACCACCAAUCAGGUGAAGAAUGGGAUAGCAAUACCUGUAAGUACGGGUUCAACAACACAGUUGAUGUAUGUUGUACAGCCCUCAUCUACAGCAAACGGCAAUCAAAAGACCCUAACCCUGGUCAACCUGCCCACUCAACAAGUCUUGACGUCUUCACUGAAUGGCCCGACAGUGUCUAUGAUCUCUUCAAAAUCGCCCGGUACGAUGCAAGUGAAGCAACUGGCAAUUCGGAAACACCCCGCCCCCUUGCCUUUGCCUCCAUCGACGCCGCUUAAUUCCGGUUUCAAACCUGUCCUGCCCAAACCUCAUCUGAGCAUCCGGAAAACGGAUAAGGGGAUCAUUCUUCAGUGGAGAAUGCCCUAUAACCUGGAUCUUUACGAGAGCAUCGCCAGUUAUCAGCUUUUUGCCUACCAGGAGACGAGCGCUCCGCCCAGUACAGAAAUGUGGCGAAAGGCAAGUAUUCAGAAUUUUCUUUGACAUAGUUUAUACCAUGACAUAGUGUAGUUAGAGGCUACAUUUGCGUUAUUAAACUAACAUCAUGUCAUUACUAAUUUCGGGUAUCUGGGCUCCACGACUCGCUAGGGAAAUCAGGUUCCAUUCACCUUUUGGAGUAGUCGGGGUGUAUAUUUGUAAUAAUGCAACAAGAGUUGGUUGUCAAAGCGUCUACGGUCUGUUUUUUACAUACUUCCAUAGAAAAUAAUCGAUAGAUCAGUCGAUUUUUGUUGAAAAUGUUCUCAGUUCCUAUUUGCUGGGUGCGCCAUGAUAGCGCCACCUUACAUUUAAUCGAUUUGAGGCUAAGGACAUCUGACAAACGUUGACAGCGAAAUAGUUGCACCAUUGCUACUGAUACCACCCCUAUAUUGCACUAUCUGACUGACGAAGUUCCUGUUUUGUGCACUGCAUGCGCGUGAUCGAUUCAGUUACCCCUAAUAUCACUUCGCUACCAGCGAAUACGAGGAAUGAUGUGCGUUCGUGGGUUAUCUGGAGCCCUUGAAGUAUUACGUAAGCAGAUUUUUUUCAAAUAUUCUCCCCCCUCCUUGUUGAAAGUAUGUAAAUCUCUUGCCCCUCCAUGCUUAUGUAAACAUUUUGGUACAUUUUACAAUUUGAAGCAAGUGGCUUCCAUGCACAUGUUCUGGAUAACAUUUAAUGUUUGGAAGAUCAGGUGCGCGACCCAUCGUACUUUGUAGUAAGAUGAUAACCGUCAAUUUCUAUUGACUCGCAUAUGGUAUUUUUCUUGAGUAUCCAUUACGUUUUGAGGUCUACCGACGUGAACAGCUGGCCACAAGCGCGACAUCUUUGUAUUAGUCUGUAAUGUAGGCAAUAAUGAAUUUCAUGACCGUAUUCAGAGCUGUUGUUCACAUAUCUGUGACAAAAAUGUGACAAAAUGUACGAAGUACAGAUAUAAAAAUGAAAUUAUUAUUGUACAUCUGGGAUUUACUGAUUACAAUGUAAGUCAAUAGACCAGGCUGUGUUGUCCUUUCCAGAAGCUGUAAAAAUAAUAUAGACACGUUGUUCUGGAUUAUUGUCCGUCGUCAGUGUAACGUAAUUCAAAUACAGGUGAAGUAUGUGCUGAAUAUAUCAUAAAAAUUAAUUAUAUAGUUGUAUAUUUUACCUACAUUUUUUUAAUUUCUAACUUGUUAGAAUUAUCUGAGUAAUGUUCAGACCUAAUUCAGGGAAUCGAACCUUUAUCAAUUCGGACAUAUAUAUACAGCCACACAUUCUGAAUUAAUUGUAUGGCUGUUUCAUUGCCUCUUAAAGUCAUAACGUUUCAACUUCUAAAAAGUAGAGAUGAUUAACUUAGUAAAAAACUGUUUAAGUAUCUUAUUUUAUUCCUAUCUGGCUUGAAAUGCAGUUAUGAUCAUUAGUAACAAUUAAUCUGUAUCGUACAAAAAACUACAACAAGAUACGGAUCUGUCUACCUUGCGUUCACAGAUCUCUUGGCAUUAUGUGUCACCUCUGUCGAUAUGGGGAGUUUUGAAAAAUCACUAGAUAAUCAGCUGUUGGUCUACCGUGAUAGAUAUUCGUGAAAAAUACCUUACGUACUGUAGCGCCGCCAACCACUUACGCAGACAACAAACUAUAGACGUCAAACAUCGAAUUUAGGCGUCAGCGUUGCCAUCUCUCGAACUGUUGCCGCAGGUUAUGGGAUUUCGUUUUCCGUCAGUGAGAAAGUCUGCGAAUACCAAAUUUUAGAAACAGUUACAAAGGAGGUUGGGGGGUGAUUUUUCCUUGGAGGGUUGAUUUUAUGUUUUCGAAUAAACAAUUUUCUUCACAAAUGGGUUUUAUCACUUUAUCGCCCAAAAAAAAUUCCGAGAUAAAAUGAGAUACAGUAGCGUCAUCUAUGAGAAUUGACCACAGCUGUUUCUCUAUUUACUACAUAUACUUUUGAAAGGUUAGAGUCUCAUAGAUGGCGCUGCCUACGAGUAUUUACAAAAAUAUAGGUAGCACGAGCGCUAUCAAUGGGACACUAAUCUUUUCAAUGUAUAUGUAUAUGGCAAAUAAACAGCUGGGAUACAUUCUAAUAGAUGGCGCUAAUUAUCUCAUUUUAUCUUAGAUAAUUUUUUGGUAGAAUACAUUAGACAAUGGUCAUGAUUGAGAUCCUGCUUGGUAACAAGGCUGUGACGACGUAAAUAGGCUAGUUUUAACACUUUUUAAGUAGGUCGUAAAUAGUUAACAUUUGUUCUAUUAGACCAAAAAAAUUAAUACUAUAUUUUUUCCAGACCUAAAAGACCGUAAAAUUUUAAAAAUUUAUUUUUGUCAGACUGGCGAAAACGCUGUCCACCAUAUUAUGUGCUCUGACGUCAAACCAUCUGUAAACAGCAGCUGGCAGCAAGUAACGCAAACUUUUAAACAUAUGAACAUGACUUCUACUAAUCUACAUGUAAAAUACAGUAAUUAUCAUUAUUGUAUCGUCCGAGAAUGUAAAACCAGAUCGAUAAAGAUCCCAGGAAGACUGCGGAUAGAGUGCCCAGGGAAACAAAUGUACUCAACACUGUGUUGCUUGGAGAACACCUUAUGUUCGGGACACAUUUUACUGUGCAGAUUUUACCGUGUCGUUUAAGUUGGACGUAACCUACGGCUUCAUCACCGUACGAUGAUUUUGCAGAUGUGUAAGAAGAAAUACAAUAUUAGAUAAACUUGCAAUCUGCCAGCAAAACAUUUCUAGCUUAUGUAGCCAGGCCAUACUAAAAAUAUUGCUGUGUAUUGCUGGCUACUUCUAUUGGAGCUAGAUAAGUGCCAUAAUAUUUGUAAUUAUCAUCAAUAAAAGUUUUCCAUUUUUGAGACGCGUCUACAGCUCGUUAUCACGAGUAAUAAAUACACAAUGGGUGCACCACAGAGAGUAUACACGUAAAUGGGAAUGGCUGCGGCCUACAAAAUACAUUUUUCAUUCAAUGAACUUAUAAAUCACACUUGUCGCGAGAGAAGCCUGUAAAUCUGGAUUUGUCAGGUCAACAGGCUGGCCACGAAAUUGUACCAGAGCCCCCUAUCUAUCUGCUCGGGUAUUCCGCAUCAAGAUAUUCUCUAACUGAACGGGCAAAGUCGCUUGCUGGUACCACAUGUCUCUGUAAAUGUUUAGUGGUACGUCUACCAGUGAAUUUGGUAAAUGAUUUUGUAAAAAGUCUGAAUAAAUUUCGCCGUUCAAGAACUGUGCUAGCUCUAAGGGAAUAAUGAUUCUCCCAUUUAGAAGCUCGGUCCUCAUGUUUACUUUAAACCGAUACUGUGAUCUAUCUUGCCUCGUCAAAUGUAGAUUUUCUACAUAUCGCUCGUGUAAGUUGUUUAGAUUCAUCUAAUCAUCUUUUUUGAAUGUCGACUAAUAAUUCCCAAUAUUCUCUAAAAAUCGCGGAUCUUCCCGGUGUCUCGGUAACAUUGUUUGACAAAACUCAACUCUUGGAAGAUAAUCCCCUGGUUGUAGAGAUUGUACUCGCUGUACGUGUACGAGUGGAGCUCUUCCCUUCGCAAGAUUCGGUGGGCUGUAUUGUUGGGCACUCCCGAUUUGCUUCUAUUUGACGUACUGAAGUACUCGGGUCUUCUUUGUUCGCAUGUAAUACGACGCUUUGAAGGAAAUGAAAUUACUCCCCCACCUGUGCUUCAUUUGGGAAUCGUCCAUUUGAGAGUAAACCGUGCACAUUCACAAAAACUCGGUGAUCGAGAUGACGAGGAGAAUUUGGGAACCUCUCACGAUAACGCGUAGCAUCUUCAUUCCCCACGAAUGAGGUGCAUAUUGGCGUAUUCUUGUAUGGUGUACAUAGACAUGGUCGCACUACACAAUUAUGAAUUAAGUGGCGUUACUGUCUUGCUGUCACUACGUAGAAUGGCACUGUCCGUCACUCCGUCUGAGAAAAAAUUGAAAUUUAUAGUAAUAGGAACUCAAAGAUAACCACAGGGUGUAGCUUUUUCCGAUUUUUUUAAAGCCUAUAAUUUGAAAAGUACACGACUUAGAUUUGUUUAUUUUUCUGAUAACUAUUAUGACUUGGCCUAUCCUUGGCUUAACGUCGACGUCUGGGAUACUCUGUAAAUAGCGAUUUACAAAGAUUUUAUGGCAGUUUAGCAACACGCCUCGGCAUAUGCAGAGUCGUCUAUGAGCGAAUCGGCAAACCAAGGACAGACAAAUCAUAGAUCUCGCAUACUGAUGAGUUAAAAACUAGUCAAUUCCUAGUAUUUUGAUGCUAAACAGCAAACUGGACAUGCUUGCUAUUUAGGUUUAAAAUACACAGCAAACUCGGCAAGCUUUCUGUUUAGUAUCAAAAUACGUAAAAACGCUAGUUUUUAUCGUAUUAUACGUAAGACGUUCCACAGUGUCUGCUCUUAAUAUCACCAUUCUUUGCUCAAAGUUGAAUGAAAAAGAAUAUGAACAGGCAAUAAGAAGCCAUUACAGUUACAUAUCUUGUGCAUAAGUGCUAUGCCACUAAGCUGCUGCCGCUUCCCAUGGUCCUCUAAUUGUGUAAUACACCUGAGCAUACUGCAUAAUAAAUUUGUUUCUUUCUUGUAGGUUGGUGACGUGAAAGCUCUUGCCUUACCAAUGGCAUGCACACUUACCCAGUUCGCCGACAAGAACAAAUACUACUUUGCAGUGCGAUCCGUGGAUGUGCAUAAGAGGAUAGGAGCAUUCAGUGAUCCCGAAGAGAUCUCGUUGUAAAUUAAUUUUUUUUUUACUUCUACGUAGAGAAUAAUUACUUUUUAUUUAAAUUAAACUGCCGUUCUAUAAA